AUGUCUGCCGAGAACUCAACAGCCUCGAAUCAAGAUGUCAGUCUGACAAUGGAGCAUACCCGACCGAGGCAAUUCAAAUGCUCCUGGCGUACACUCCUCCAAUUCCCCAGGAGACUGUUAGCCCCAGCUGCAAUACCAUCUGCGCCAAAGUUCAAAGUACGCUCAUGUACAGCAACACCACUCGAUUCUGUUACGCUGGAAAGCAUUCUCAAUGAUAGCUACUUACCGCCGCUUACUCUCGUUGAUUUUCAAGAUUACCUCGUAUUUCGUGAGAAUAGCGUAGAAAACUUAUUCUAUCUCCGCUGGUUAACUCAUUAUACUUCUUUGCACAAUCGUCUUGUUAUUGAAAAGACUCAAGAAGAAUCGAGCAAGGUGAUUAAUGAGAUGUCGCAACAGUAUCAGCGCUGUCUCAGCACCUUUAUCCUCCCCGGUAGUGCCUAUGAAUUGAAUAUAGCGUCAAAGUUAAUACAGGAGAUGUUGGCAAUCGCACCUCAGCAAUAUGUCACACUUGACGAUCUUAAUGGCACACAAAGCGAUCGCCAUGCAGUUCUGCCUCCUUCUCCAGACGCUGCUGCAAUUGUUGCGACUAAGCACCACGUAGUCGAGAUGCUAAGAAAUAGUGCGAGAAAAUUUGCAACAAAGGCUCCAGCUAAUGGUGGACGUAAACGCGGUUGGUUCGCACUGUUUGUUGGACUGCUCUUCAUUCUUCUUGGUCUGCUAAUUGUUCUUGUUGCACGUCUUUACCAGAAGGGUAGCGGGGGGAGACAUACUGCAGGUGCUGCGAUUCCUUUUUUCUGGUUUGGGGUCGCAACAUUUGUUAUGGGAUUACAUGGCAUUUGCAUUGUAGUCUUUAUGUUUGGGGAUGCGAGACAACUCCAUCCAUUCGAAAUGGAUAUGCCAAAGGAUGACAGUCCAGUUGGCACACCUCAUCGUACAGGUUCUGAUACGCUUGGAGUCGGUGCCGACGUCUAUGGUUUAACCGUAACAAAGACAAGUUCACGCGACACAUCAUCCGAUGAGGCUGGUACUUCUCAUACUUCUCACACCCAGCUUGGAAACCUCGAAAAGGGAGACAUCAGUUUAGUGGGUGGAAGAAUGCAGAGGAAAUUUCAAGAAGUACCACCUCAAACUAGCAGCAGACCACUGAUUGACACACCGUUCGUUCCAGAUAUACCAGGCCAUCUUAAGAGGUUUGGUACAGUAACUCGUCAAAGUACACCACGCAGUGCUGGUGUUCGUGGUAUUUUUGAACCACUUACAUCAGUUGAUGAACCGAUCGUCUCACGCGUGCAGCUUCAAGUUUUCUAUCUCGCUGCUGUAUGGGGUACUAUCCUGGCCGUUAUCGGUGGUGUACUCGCUAUCAAAUUGUAA